AUGUCGGCCUUUGGCGACUUCAAGGUCAUCUGCCAGAAUGCGCCGCUUCCGCUGUGCGCCAACAUCGGCCCCGUCCUCUCGGCGUCGGGUCGCGUGGGCGUCGAGCCCGACUGCUACGCGCGCAACAUCGAGCUGGCCAACACCAUCAUCUUCGAGGGCGCCGUCUCGGCCAUGCACAUCAUCGCGCUCAUCAUGACCGUGGUCAUGAUCAUCCACGUCCGCAGCAAGUUCACCGCCGUCGGCCGCAAGGAGAUCCUGACCUUCUUCUACAUAUACAUGCUCACGACCUUCAUCUCCCUCAUCGUGGACGCCGGCGUCGUGCCCCCGGGGAGCGGGCCGUACCCGUACUUUGUGAGCGUGCAGAACGGGCUGAGCAGCGCGCUCGUGACGUGCCUGCUCAUCAACGGCUUCGUCGGCUUCCAGCUGUACGAGGACGGCACGCCCCUGUCGAUAUGGAUGCUGCGCAUCUGCUCCCUCGUCGCCUUCGCCGUCACCCUGCUGGUGUCCAUGGCCACCUUCCGGGGCUGGGCCGGCCUGGGACCGACCAAGACGGUCGGCCUCUUCGUCGUCCUCUACCUGCUCAACGCCGUGCAGCUCUUCAUCUACGUCGGCAUGCAGAUCAUCCUGGUGACGAGGACGCUCCAGGACCGGUGGCCGCUGGGGGACAUUGCCUUUGGCAUCUUCUUCUUCGUCGCCGGCCAGGUGAUCCUGUACGCCUUCAGCGCCAAGAUCUGCACGGCCGUGAGCCACUACCUCGACGGGCUCUUCUUCGCCACCAUGUGCAACCUGCUGGCCGUCAUGAUGGUGUACAAGGUACGUCGGCCGCCUCGGCCGAGGGCCCCGCUCCGCCCAUGGGGCGUGGCGAGGAGAUUGAUUGCUGACGGCAACGCGCAGUACUGGGAUUCCAUCACGAGGGAAGACCUCGAGUUCUCCGUCGGCACUCGGAUGAACAACUGGGAGGUCAAGGAACUCCUGCCCGACGACGAUCGUAGGGCCACGGUGUACACGGAUGACCCCUACGGCCACUCGAGCGCCUACGACAUGCCCUACUCGCCGACGGCGCAGCGCUACUCGACCAAGUACUGA